CCGCCCCCGCCCGCCAGCGCUAGCCGCGAGUCUCCAAGUCUGCGCUGCCGAGGUGGGCGCCGAGAGCUGGGCGCCACAGCACGCGCGUCCCGCUGCGCCCCGCGAGCCCCGGGGUCUAUGGAGCGGCCCCUCCGUGCCGCCCGGCCGGCCCCACGCCGCGCCCGGAGCCUGCUCUGCGGCCAAGUAACCGGACUGGCUGUCCUGCGGGAGACACGGGGCUCGGAGCCCGCCUGAGCAAGCCCCCCGGAGGAUGGCGGCCCCCUAUCCCGGCGGUGGCAGGUGGAAGCGAGGUCAAAUGCGGGGAGGCCGCGGCGCCAGCGUCCCGUGGGACUUUCUACCCGGGCUGAUGGUCAAGGCGCCGUCCGGACCGUGCCUGCAGGCUCAGCGCAAGGAGAAGUCCCGGAACGCGGCGCGCUCGCGGCGCGGGAAGGAGAACCUGGAGUUCUUCGAGCUGGCCAAGCUUCUCCCGCUGCCCGGCGCCAUCUCGAGCCAGCUGGACAAGGCUUCCAUCGUGCGCCUGAGCGUCACCUACCUCCGCCUGCGCCGGUUCGCCGCGUUGGGGGCGCCGCCCUGGGGGCUGAGAGCAGCGGGGCCGCCGGCCGGCCUCGCCCCAGGCCGCCGCGGCCCCGCAGCGCUAGUGUCCGAAGUCUUCGAGCAGCACCUGGGAGGACACAUCUUACAGUCGCUGGAUGGCUUUGUGUUCGCCUUGAACCAGGAAGGAAAAUUCCUCUACAUCUCAGAGACAGUCUCCAUCUAUCUGGGUCUCUCACAGGUGGAGAUGACGGGCAGCAGCGUCUUCGACUACAUCCACCCAGGGGACCACUCGGAGGUGCUGGAGCAACUGGGACUGCGGGCCCCGACCCCCGGCCCCCCAACCCCGCCCUCCGUCUCCUCCUCUUCCUCCUCCUCCUCUUCCUCUUCGCUUGCGGAUACCCCGGAGAUCGAGACCAGCCUCACCAAGGUGCCCCCCUCCUCCCUGGUCCGGGAGCGCUCCUUCUUUGUCCGCAUGAAAUCCACGCUCACCAAGAGGGGGCUGCACGUCAAGGCCUCGGGGUACAAGCAGGUCAUCCACGUGACUGGGCGCCUUCGGGCCCACGCCCUGGGCCUUGUGGCCCUCGGGCACACGUUGCCCCCAGCUCCCCUGGCUGAGCUGCCACUCCACGGACACAUGAUCGUCUUUCGUCUCAGCCUGGGUCUCACCAUCCUUGCUUGUGAGAGCAGAGUCAGCGACCACAUGGAUCUGGGGCCCUCAGAGCUGGUGGGCCGCAGCUGUUACCAGUUCGUCCACGGACAGGAUGCCACCAGGAUCCGCCAGAGCCAUGUGGACUUGCUGGACAAGGGUCAGGUGAUGACUGGUUACUACCGUUGGCUACAGCGCACUGGGGGCUUCGUGUGGCUGCAGUCUGUGGCCACGGUGGCUGGCAGCGGGAAGAGCCCCGGGGAGCACCACGUGCUUUGGGUCAGCCACGUGCUCAGCCAAGCUGAGGGUGGCCAAACUCCUUUGGAUGCUUUCCAGCUUCCAGCCAGCAUGACCUGUGAGGAUGCAUCCAGCCCGGGACCAGAGCCCACAGAGCCGGAGCCUCCAGCAGAAGGGAAGGAGACUGCCUCGCUGGAGAAGGAGGCCCCCCAGACGCAGGGCAAACGCAUCAAAGUGGAGCCCGUCCCGAGGGAAACCGAAGGCUCAGAGGACAGUGGUGACGAGGAUCCCUCCGGCCACCCGGCCCCACCCCGGCCCGAGUUCACCUCUGUCAUCCGGGCGGGGGCCCUGAAGCAGGACCCAGUGCGGCCGUGGGGCCUGACACCUCCCGGGGACCCCCCGCCCACCCUCCUGCAUGCGGGCUUCCUGCCGCCCGUGGUGCGGGGUCUGUGCACACCCGGUGCCAUCCGCUAUGGCCCGGCGGAGCUGGGCCUGGUGUACCCGCAUCUGCAGAGGCUGGGCCCAGGCCCCGCGCUCCCAGAGGCCUUUUACCCGCCCCUGGGCCUGCCCUAUCCGGGGUCUGCGGGCACCAGGCUGCCGCGGAAGGGGGACUGAGGACUGGCAGAGCCGCCGGCGCUGGACACUGCGACGGCUGGGGGCCCCCUGGGAUGGCGGCCCUGCUCUGCCCGUAGCCCUGAGAAUUAAAGGCCGGCUCCCCUUGCA